AUGAAGUGCAAGGAGCAUCCCUACGAAUUGGGCGCCGGCGUCUGCGCCUCCUGCCUCAGGGAGCGCCUCCUCGCCCUCGUAGCCGCCGAGAACGAGCUAUCCCCCCACCGCCAACCAUGGGGUUUCGACGCGCCCACCAUCGCCUUCCCCCGGUCCGUGUCGCCUUACCUGCCACACCGCCGAUCCGUCGGUUCCGACGCCUCGCACCACCACGACCCCAGCUUCUUCAGCACCCCCGGGCUCGGCCACACCUUGGAUGGCGAAUUCGACGGCGGUCGGAACCGGAGGUCCGGGCGGUUCUCCGUCCUCAAAGCGCUCUUCAGGCAUCACACAUCGGAGAAGGGAGAGGACGACUGGGUGCCUCGUAAGGGCUCCGGACCGAGAUCAUGGUUCUCGGCGCUCGUUCGCCUCCGCCGCCGCAAGAAGAAGCGGCAACCGGAGCCCUUCUCGGCGGCAGAGGGAGAGGCGGCACCGGAACAGGAUACGAGGUCGUGUCGGUUGGUGCAGCGGGGGAUGUCGCCGGCCAUGGAGGACGAGGAGGAGGCGGACGCGAGCGGGUACACGAGCGAGUCCUCGAACGGGUGGAGGCGUCCGAUUCCGACGCCGCUGCGGCGGAUCUCCGCGAGCAGCCGUCACCGCCACCGCCACCACCAACAGCAACAACAACAACAACAACUGCGAGGCGUCGGCGGCGUGUCGGGGUUUACGGUCCGCCUGAGCCCGCUGAUGAGGUCGGGCGCCAGCGGGCGGCACAGCCAGGUGUCUGAAUCGGCGGGAGUCUCCGGUGAGCUGCGAUACCCGGCGAACUCGGUCCGCCGGGACCGGCGCACUGCCACCGGAUGCGCUCCGCUCGGGCUCGACCCGAGCCGGUCUUGGAAGCUAGCCGAUUUCGGCCGGUUCAAAUGA